AUGGCGGCACCCAAUCAGAGGGGUGGCAGCGGCCGGAAGAAGACCGUAAUCCGCCGGAUCGAGCAGCAGGAUGCCCGGCAAGUCUCCUACGCCAAGCGCCGAGUGGGCCUCUUCAACAAGGCCAGCGAGCUGUCUGUGCUCACGGGCGCCCAGCUGGCCGCCCUCGCCUUCCCUCCCGGCGGCAAGGUAUUCUCCUUCGGCCACCCCUCCGUCGACCCCGUCGUAGAACGCUUCCUAGCGGGGGAAGGUCUGGGUGCUUGCCCGAUGGCGCAGGGCGCUGCCAAUGGCCGUUUCCUGGCGGCGGAGGGUGCCGGGGCCGGCGCGGGGGAGGGCGCUGCCGACGAAGACAACGUGAAGAGGCUGGCCCAGCAGCUCGCCGAGAUGCGCACGGAGCUGAGGGAGGUGAAGAAGCAGACGAAGCGCAUCGACAAGGCCAUGGCUAAGGAGCGCGCCGCGGGGGACCAGAUUGCGGCGUGGGUCGACCCGAAGGCGCGCGACAUGGGGGACGAGGACAUGGCGGCCUUCUUUGCCACGCUUCUGAAGGUAAAGACCGACGUCUCCGACCGGGGAUGGAGACAGAGUUACAGCAAUGGCUUAUGGCGAUGCCGCCACCGGAGUUCCCUGCCGGGUUGGAGAUGGCGCAGCAGGUGCUUGAGCCGAACGCCGAAGAAGAGGAGAUCUAAACCCGUGUCCAUCGGUUCCAGUAAAAUCAUUCAUGCAUGGACGAUAGUUCCUCAAUCUGUUUGUCGUCAGUAGCAAUUUUUAAUUUUUU